GGGCAUCUUGGCUUCGGUGGGUCGGUGCAAGAGAGGUGUAACCUACAUACAAACCUCACCUACAACUGCACACAACUCUAAACACACGAAAGAUGGAUAAUAACACAAAAAACGACUCAGAAAAAACCUUCUUGUUCACUUCAGAAUCGGUUGGUGAAGGCCACCCAGAUAAACUAUGCGAUCAAGUUUCGGAUGCCAUCCUAGAUGCUCACCUUGCCCAGGACCCGAACGCCAAAGUUGCUUGCGAGGCAGUUGCAAAGACAGGAAUGGUUAUGGUUGUUGGUGAGGUAACUUCCCAUGCUACAGUUGAUUACCAGAAAGUAAUAAGAGACACAAUCCAACAUAUUGGGUAUGAUGACUCAUCAAAAGGUUUUGAUUACAAAACAUGUAAUGUCUUAGUUGGUAUUGAGAAGCAGAGUCAGGAAAUCGCAGAGGCUGUAUACAUUAACCAUAAAGAAGAGGACAUUGGUGCUGGUGAUCAAGGUCUCAUGUUUGGGUAUGCAACAGAUGAAACAGAGGAGCUUAUGCCUUUAACUGUCGUUUUAGCCCAUGGACUUAAUAAGAAACUUGCAGAGAACCGCCGCAAUGGAACCAUGUCCUGGUUGAGGCCUGACUCUAAAACACAAGUCACUGUUGAGUACAAAAUGGAUGAUGGAGCCUGCGUCCCCCUUAGAGUUCAUACUGUUGUCAUUUCUACUCAAACAGACCCUGAUAUUACCUUAGAAGACAUUAAAAAAGAGUUGAUGGAAAAAAUUGUCAAGGUUGUGAUCCCUGCAAAAUACUUGGAUAAGAGAACAAUUUACCACAUGCAACCUUCUGGCAGUUUCCAUGAAGGAGGUCCACAGGGAGAUGCUGGUCUUACUGGUAGGAAAAUCAUUGUAGAUACUUAUGGUGGCUGGGGUGCUCAUGGUGGUGGUGCCUUUUCAGGAAAGGACUUUUCAAAGGUGGAUCGAUCAGCUGCCUAUGCUGCUCGCUGGAUAGCAAAAUCUAUUGUUGCAGCUGGUCUUGCAAGACGUUGCCUCAUCCAGAUUUCCUAUGCCAUUGGUAUUGCACAUCCAUUAUCUAUCACUGUUUUUGACUAUGGAACUACCACUCUUACACAAAGCGAGCUUUUGAGAAUUGUCAAGAAGAACUUUGACCUUAGGCCUGGUGUUAUUGUGAAAGAGCUUGAAUUGCGAAAGCCAAUCUACCGAGACACAUGUGUUUAUGGUCAUUUCAAACCUGGUUUUACAUGGGAAGUGCCAAAGAAAUUGGAAUUGUAGAUUUGGAAAGGAUGAAACAACUGACUUUCAUACUCUUAACACUCUCAGUAGCAGAAUUAACUUUUUCAUAGUACCCUGGUUGCUCAGCAAUUGAUGUGGCUAUUUUUAGAAAUUGUGUUGGUAUAUAAUGGUUUGAUGGUAUUAUUCAUUUUUAACCUUUUCAAA